AUAACCCGAAUAAAUCGUUUGGGUGCAAAGCCUUGCAAUAAAUCAUUACUUUAUUAUUUAUUACAAGCAAUGUGUUUUGUUUAUUUUUAUUUAUAGCCAUUUAAUUUUUAUGAUGACAUUCAUAUGAACCAUGGAUCUGAUGUAACCGCCACGUCUUCCCAUAGUUCAGAAUUUGAAGAAGAUAGACGAUUAAAACCAGAGAUAUGGAAAGCUCUCAUUGCAAUGGGCUACCUGUUCACCGUCACUUGGAUCACGGCGUUCGUCAUGGUGAUCGUCCAUGAUCGCGUGCCUGACAUGAAGAAAUAUCCCCCGUUACCGGAUAUAUUCUUGGACAACGUGCCUUAUAUCCCUUGGGCGUUUCACAUGUGUGAACUGACAGGCACCGUGUUGUGUUUCGUGUGGCUCGCCGUUCUGGUCUUCCACAAGCACCGUUUUAUAUUACUGAGGCGGUUUUUCGCUCUAUCAGGCACAGUCUUCCUGUUACGGUGCAUCACAAUGAUCAUAACUUCCUUGUCUGUGCCGGGCACACAUUUAGAAUGCACGCCCCGAAAGAAGCCAGCGUAUUUGGAUGAUGGAAAUUUUCUGGGAGAAAUGGUAUACAAGAUGCAGCAAGCGUAUGUGAUAUGGAGAGGGGCUGGCAUGUCGAUACAAGGGGUUCGCACUUGUGGCGACUAUAUGUUCAGUGGACAUACAGUGGCAUUAACCAUGUUAAACUUUUUCAUCACUGAAUACACUCCACGCGACAUAUAUUUGUUACAUACGUUCAGCUGGCUCUUAAAUAUGUUCGGUAUAUUUUUUAUACUUUCGGGUCACGAACAUUACUCCAUUGAUGUAUUCAUUGCCUUUUAUAUUACAUCAAGACUAUUCCUAUACUACCACACACUAGCCAACAAUCAAGCAUUGAACAACAAUGUUGAUUCUUGUAGGACGCGAAUUUGGUUUCCAUUGUUUAGUUUCUUUGAAUCUUCAUGCAGUUGCAUGGUACCAAAUGAAUAUGAAUCGUUGACGGAAAUUGCUGAAAAUCUGGCGUGUUCAACAUACAACAAUUAUUUAGUCAUUAAAUCAGCUAUCAAGACUCAGAUUUUGCUAUUGCGGGCACUACCUUCCAACCAAACAGUACAAAUUAGCCCAACUUCUUUAGUUGGUGCAGGCGCAAUUAGGUCGAGAACACCGAUUGUUAUGAUUAAAAAAAAAGAUAAAUAAUCCAGAAUGAAAACGUGAAUGCACAAAUAAUUUUUCGCCACGUUAUAUGGAUUAACAUAAAGUUGAUUUUUUAGAUCGAUGCACAGAGUAUAUACUUACAUUAAUUAUGUUGUAUCAAAAAUAAUUAUUAAACAUUGAAUUUUGUGAUAUAAAGUUAAUAUUUGAAAGGCUAUAAGCCAAAUAUGAUUAUAUUUUAUUAUUUGUCCUCUAGUUAUAUUCAUCAUUAUAUUGUUUAAUUGUUAUUAUAUUGUAUGGAAAACCUCUCUAUCACUUCCAUUUCCUCUGUAGUGUUAAAUAAUAUUUUCUUAUUCUAAAUAUGAAUCCUAUUACUUGAUUUUUGAUUUAUAAAACAAAAAUAUUAAUGAUACUAUUAGACAUUUUUAAACCUGUUUUUUUUUUUACAUUUUAUAAUUUGUAUUGAAAUUCCUAUAGGCAAUAAUUCUUAAUUAUUAGUUAUUUUAUUUUAUAUUUUAUGUUAAUGAAAAGUCUACUCUUUACUGGCCUCUUAAUUCAGUGGGCACCUACCUAAAAUAUAUUUUACUACAGACUUAAAAUUUAGUUAUUUUGUCAUUAACCAGUUAUCAUCAACAAUAUAUUAUGUUCAUACAAAAUGUAAAAAUAUAUUUACAAACAAAUAAAUAUGUAUCUGUUGUUAAUUAAUGUUAUAUACAAGAUUUACUCUUACAUUAAUGAAUAUUUUUUUACUUUUCUGCUACUUUUCGAAUUCAACUGUAUACCUAAGCAAUAUGAAUAAUAAAUAAAAAUAUUAUUUUCAGUA